AUGUCCAAAAAGAUCAUCACUGUAGUCGGCUUAACAGGGGCCCAGGGUGGUUCUGUCGCUGAUGUCUUUCUUGAAGAGGGAGGUUGGCACGUCCGCGGCCUCACUCGUGAUCCAAGUAAGCCAUCAAGCCAAGCCUGGGCCGCCAAGGGUGUUGAGCUCGUCAAGGCCGAUGUCAAUGACGUUUCCACGUUGAUAUCCGCUUUCGCUCAGUCAACAGUCAUCUUUGGCGUCACAGACUUCUGGGGAGCUGCCAUGGAUCCCAAGUGCCAAGCGCUCGCAGCGUCUACUGGCCGACCUUUCAACGAGAUCGCCUACGAUAUGGAGGUGCAACAAGCGAAAAACAUCAUAGAUGCUGCCAAUGCUACCCUCGAAACCUUGGUUCGCUUCGUCUUCUCAACCCUCUCAGCGACUAAGAAGUGGAGCAAGGGCAAAUAUACUCACAACUUCCACUUUGACUCCAAGUGGGAGGGUGUAGAAUAUCUGAAGGCCACUUAUCCAGCCCUUGAUAAAAAGACUUCGUAUCUGCAGGUCGGACUCUAUAUGAACAAUUGGAAGAAGGGUUUGUUAAUGGCAGUGCCGAGAAAGCAACCCGACGGUACCUUUGUGUUUAAUCUCCCUGCGAGCGGCGAUGCCCUCAUCCCUAUGGUUGAAGCACGUCACUUUGUCAAGGCUCUCGUAGAAGUCGAGCCGGGCAAGAAUCUCCUCGGCUAUGGUAGCCUCAUAAGUUGGAACAAGUUUGCAGAACUCUGGGGGCAGUUCCACGGAGUGACAUGUCGCUUCGAGCGCGUCGACCGUAAGGUCAUGGAAGAAGCUAUUCCAGGAGUCUUCGGCGAAGAGCUUGCCGACAUGCAUGAGUACAUGAGCGAAUUCGGAUACGACGGCUCUGAUCCAAGCGUUAUUCACCCCCAAGAUGUAAGUGUCCUGCUGCUCAAUUCUAUAAAAUGUUAG